CUGUUGCCAGUCCUCGCCAGCAGCCCGGCCUGGGCAGUAGUGCCACGGGGAUGCAUCGGACCAACCAGGGGAAUUUGCCCAGAGCAAGAGCAUUUUCAGGCCCCAAGCUUUGUGCUGGCAGCGGGGCACUUUCUGUGCAUCCUUGCUGGUCUGUGCCGAGGAUGCACGGGGCUCGCCGCGCAGGUACCGCGGGAGCCGGGCAGCCCGGGUGAGGCCUGUUUGCUUUGCAGGAGUGGAAAACGCACUGUGUUUGCUUUGGUGUCUGCCACAGGCAGGGCCCGGGCGAGGGACAGGGCAGGAGCCCCGGAGGCAGUGGGAUUUGCUCACGCAGCGGCCAGGCCAGGCCAGCGUGCCAGUCGCCCCGGGCUGGGCGACGGCCGUGCGGAGGUGAUGUUACUGGGAGACUCGGGCGUGGGCAAGACCUGCUUCCUGACGCGGUUCAAGGACGGGGCCUUCCUCUCCGGGAUGUUCAUAGCCACCGUGGGCAUAGAUUUCCGGAACAAAGUGGUGGCCGUGGACGGCGUGAAAGUGAAGCUGCAGAUCUGGGACACGGCGGGACAGGAGCGCUUCCGCAGCGUCACCCACGCCUACUACAGAGACGCCCAAGCCUUGCUCCUGCUCUACGACAUCACCAGCAAGCUCUCCUUCGACAACAUCCGCGCCUGGCUCACGGAGAUCCACGAGUACGCCCAGCGGGACGUGGUCAUCAUGCUGCUGGGCAAUAAGGCCGACAUGAGCGGCGAGAGGGCUGUCAGGAUGGAGGACGGCGCCUCGCUGGCCAGGGAGUACGGGGUGCCCUUCCUGGAGACGAGCGCCAAGACGGGCAUGAACGUGGAGCUGGCGUUUCUGGCCGUUGCCAAGGAGCUCAAGCAGCGAGCGGCGCAGCGGCCGGGCGAGCCCCGCUUCCAGAUCCACCGCUACGUCGAGUCGCAGAAGAAGAGAUCGAGCUGCUGCGCCUUGGCGUGAGGCGGCCGGCGCCGGGGCGGCACGAGGGGUGCGGGCAGCGGGCCCCGAGGAACCCGCCGGUGGCCGGGCGCCGGGAGCCCCGCUCGGCCCCUUCCAGCCCGGCCGCUGCCCUCUCCGGCGUCAGAGGGAAGCAGGGGGUGCUUUGCAACCGGGUUCCUCCUGCGCAGGUCUGUUUUCGCCAGGUUUUCUGGUCCCGUGGUGCGGGUGAGCCUGCAGCGUCCCUCGCGCGUGGGCCCCUACGCGCCCCGGGCUCUCCCAAGCCGCAGCGGCUCGCCGCGGCCCCGUUCAUGGCCCGCCUGCCGCGUUGCUCUCCCAUCUCCGGCGUUUCCUGCACCGAGUCUGGUUCAGGUCCCUCCGUCAGGCUUUGCCCAGCCCGGCGUGUCGCCUCGCGCUGGCCCCGUUCAGCCGCGGAGCAGCGGGAGCUCCCUGUGCCCCCGGGGUUUCCCCUGAUCCGGGUCUUUCCUUUGGUCUCCAACAUGCUCCUUCUGCGCAUAACCAGGGAGCUGCUGAUCCCCGCGUCAGCUCCAGGGUUCGGGACCAAGUGAAGGUGGUAACAGGGGACUUCAUAAACUCCCAGCCCAAAAUCCUGGCUGAGGUUUUCUCCUACUGCUGUGCAUGUAGUGCAAAUAUUUCUUUCUACCACUGGCAAAUAGCAGAUUAAACCCACUCUCUAAAGAGCAGAUGCCUAAGAUGCUUCAGCCAGCAGACACUGUUACAUGUGCUUCGUAGGAGCUGGAGAGGACCCUGGGUGCAAACCUUAGACCUGCAAUACCUCACUUCUCCUUUGGUGUCCAGCCUUGCUCCAGCGGCUGCGGUCACCUCCGGCACGCUGCCUGCGCGCACCCCGCGCUGGCAGGGAGGGCAGGACGCUCCUGGGGCGAGGGAGCGGUGCGAGACACCGCUUAUUUGGUUACACAGCUCACGACCUGCUGCUCGGACCGGACGCAGAGGGGCUGAAGCGGCCGGGCACUGCCGCCCGCGGGAGUCCUGGGAUGACGCUCGGCUCCAGCGCCUCCGUCCCCCGGGCAUCUUCCCUGGCCCGGAGCCCGCGCCCCCGCCUCUCGCCUGCCCCGGGGCCGCCUUUGCCUCGGCUCCGCUCACGGGUCUCUCUUUGCAAGUUUACAGAAUUAAAGCUCAGUAUUUUAGA